AUUCGAUCUGUGAAAAAAAGGCAGCUUUUUCUUUUUUUGGUAUGGUCGCUCUGUUUUCCUCUGUUUUGUAUCCAUGGAAACAGAGGCGACGUUUGGGAAAGAAGAUUGAACAGGCUGGUGGGUGGUGGUCUCUGGCCCAAAAGGGUUCUCCCUGAUUCCGUAUCUGACCACCACCACCGCCGUGACCUCCGCCACAGACUGCGAAAUAUCAGAGCAAAAAAGCUCUUCCAUGUCUCACUGAGUACGGCGGCGAGUGGACCCGUCGAGAUGUCGGGGCUUUUUCCGGACCGAGUUGAGUUGGGAGAGGUUAGCCAAUAGCCAGGGCGAGUGGGCGACUCGCUUCGUCACUCGGAUCAGGCAAAAAGGGGAAAGCACAAUCAUCACACCCACAACCCAAAAACCCCUCUAAAAGAGAGAAAAAGAUGGAAGGGAAAAAGGGAAAGGGAAAUCAAUUGAUUGCAGGGUUGGCAAUUGAUUGCAAGGUUACUAUUAGUAACUUCCUCCCGCCUCCUCUUCCUUUACUCUCACUGCACAUUCCACCACUCUUCUUCUUACCCUUUCUUCUUCUUCGGGAUUUGAAAUGUCCGAUGUACCUCCGCCGGCGGCCUCGGCCACCGAACCGGUGCCAGGAACCCCCGGGAUCAUGGAAAUGAGAUCCGAGCAGAGCCUUGGGCUCUGCCCGGAGCUCGGCGGCGGAGCAGGGACUAGGAAAUUCGGUUCAAGAGCCGAGAUCGACACGUCGCCGCCGUUUGGGUCUGUGAAGGAAGCCGUCACUCGUUUUGGCGGCAGCGGUCCCUGGGUUCCCUGUUAUAGAAUUGGGGAAGACUUGGGAGAGGUAGACUUGAAGAAAGUGGAGGAACAAGCUGCAGAGCUAGAGAAGGAUUUGAUAGUCAAGGAGCUGGAGACUCUGGAUGUUCUGGAAGAACUCGGGUCGACGAAGAGGAUUGUUGAGGAUUUGAAGCUGCAGCUGCAGAAAGAAGCACUUAGAUGUAUGGCAGUGUCGGACGAUGUUCAUCAUUAUAUGUCAAGUCCAGCUGCUGCUAUAAAAGAAAUGGACAGGGAGAAAAGCCAUGCCUUUCAUGUCAACAGCAAUCAUGGCCAUCAUUUUUAUCAUGAGCAGCAGAGGUUGAUGGGGGCUCCUUGUUGCCCGUCGUCUCCGGAAGUUAUCUUGAUGGAGCUGAAGCAGGCGAAAUUGAACCUUGGUAAAACCAUUAACGAACUUGGGGUGAUUCAAACUUCUGUUGAGUCUCUGAAUAAGAACAUGAGGCACGAGAAAAUCAUUCUUCAAAACACCCGCAAGCGGCUAACCUCGAAAUUUGCAGGAGUGCUGUCGUUAGAGGAGGAGCUGAAACAGGCAAGGCGCAAGCCGGAUCAUAAUGUGGGAAAUGGGUACAAUCAAGAGCAGUUAAAGCAGAUGACUGAAGUUUCCAUGAAUGGACAGCCUAAGGUCGAUCUUAGAACCGUUGAAUUGAGGUUGGUUGCAGCUAGAAAGAUGGAGGAAGCUGCCAAGGCAGCUGAAGCUGUCGCCUUGGCUGAAAUCAAGUGCAUGUCGAACAUCGAGACGAGCCCUUCUUCUGGGUUUAGCAGCCUCCCUGAGCCUGAGAAAACAACCUUGUUCAAGCCAGCUUCUCCUCUGAUGCAAAAGAGACUAGAGCCUGCAGUUAAUAAGAUCCCCAAAUAUGAACCUUCCAACACCAAGAUGCAGAUUCUGAAGAAGAUGAGGGAAGCAACAGAGGAAGUGAAGAGAAGCAAGCAGGCAUUGGAAGAUGCUCUCAACAAAAUCGAGAUGGCAAACAGGAAGCAAUCUGCUGCAGAGGAGGCCUUCCUGAAGUGGAUUCCGGAGGAUGAUCACAAAGGGCUCGGACAGGCUGCAGCAGCAUAUUACAACACCAGGCUCAGCAACAUGCACUUCUUCCAUCCUGAUCCCUGCCAAGAUUCUCCAAUGAACCAAGUGAAGGACCCAAGUGUGGAAGCUGAGGAACCAAAGCCAGUUCUAAGGUCGACAGUGUCAAUGCGGGACUUUCUAGGCAGGAAGCAGCAAGUGACAACUGAAGAUUAUGCUGCAGCAGCAGCAGCAACAAGGGCUAAGCCAGUUGAAGGUGGUGGUCGGCGCAAUGGGAGGCAAAAGGUGGCACUUAGUCAAAUGCUUCAUGAACUAAGGGACGAUCUAUCGUUUCAUCCGAGGCCUGAGAAACACGAAACUGGUGAUCAUAAGCAGCAGUUCUUCACGCAGAGGAGGAAGUUCGGAUUCAUCCACAUAUCGCUGCCUAUGACGAAACCAAGCAAGAAAAAGGCACAUGAUUUGAACAACAUGAUGAACUAGAUGGCGGUGAGACUCAUACAUACGGAUAUAUGGCUUUGGUUUCAGCUCUUGGUGUGGGGGGUUUUCUUCAUUUUGGUGUGUGGCAUUUGGAUUGCAGCAGCUUGAUUAAUUAUGGUUUCUUCCCUGGUUUGAUUUCUCAGAUGAUUCUUUAGCUUGUAAAGGGGGUCUGGUUUGGUGUUGCUAUUCCCCGUCCUACUAUAGCCUAGGGCGGAUACUACUGUCAUAUUGAUCGAUACUACGACCGAUUACUAUGUUGAUUGGGACUAUAUGAUCGGUCCUAAUUGUCGCGGAUUACAACAAUCGCACUAGUGUUUGUAUCAUAACUCUUAUAUUAAGAAGGGACUGGAGGUGUGAGGUAAGGUCAAUUGGCAGGCAUCGCUCAAAAGCUGCC